UUAGUGGUACGAAACAAUUAAAACGUUAGGUAUGAUUUCAUAAAUAUUGGUAUCAGGACGGAUAGUGAUUAUCUUGAGCCGAUAGCAACGGCCAACGGAUAGUAUAGUAUCAGCCAAUAUUUAAGAAACUUUAUUGGUCGGUUUUAUUAUAAAUAUCGAAUAUCGGAGUUCAAAUAGUAGACGGUUUUAGUGGUAUGAAACAAUUAAACGUUAGGUAUGUUGAGGAUAUUAAUUAUUUAGUCAAAAAUAAUUAAUUCCUUGUCCUUCAAGUCCCUUGUCUCCUUGUUUUUGUCAAAGAAGGAAACCUGGUUGUCAUUAGGGUUUUAACCCUAAGUCUCUCUAUAUAAGCUUAGCUACGAGAUUGUAGCUAGUCCUCCGCGCACCAGCGAUGUUCAUCCCGCUGGCUUGUUUUGUUCAUCAGUGAUGUUAUUCCGCUGAGCAUAGUCGACCUAGGCGAAGUCCAUUCCGCCAUGGUUCGUCAAUCGUCAAUUGUUGGGGUUAUUUGUCGUUGAUCUCCCAAAUCCGUCCAAAAGAUCCCCGUUGUUGAUUUAGAUGAGCAGUCCCGCUCUCCACACGUCCGGUUGACCGAGGCGAAGUCCAUUCUGCCUUGGAUCUACUUGAAGUUUGUUCGCCGGCUCAAUCAUCCCGGCGUCGCUACCCUCAUUCACGGCUGCAAUCGUCAGGAGGGCCGAUGUUCAUUCCGGCUUCCCACUCCGUCUCCGCAGCCGUCGAUGCCAUCAGCGCCCUCGAUAUCAUCAUCGCCUCCAACGCCCCGUUUAUCAUGGGCUACAAGUAGAUCAUGGCAAAAGCCUUGCCGGCCUAUCAAACAUCCUCGCGGCCAUGAGGUCUAAGUUUCCUCAGGCGCGUUCAAGUCCCCGUCGUAAUCUACAAUCAAGGUCUCGGAAGUCAAGGUAUCAAUCGAGAGACACCUUCCUCAACUCACGGUAAGGUUGUGUUCCCGGUCGAGACGUUGGCGUUCAUCAUUCAGUCGAGAAGCAAGGUCGCAUGUCCUUUCGCAUUCAUCCUUCUUCAGCUCGUUGUCUCUAGGUCAAAGUUCGUGCUUUUAGUCCAUGCUUCAGGAUUUUUUUUUUGGAUUUGGUUUCGUUCCUUAAUUGAAGUCCCGACGUCGGCCCGCACAAGUGCCUCGCCAGUCCGUAAUCAUCCGGGUACGCAACGAGCUUGUGUUCUAAGAAACUGAUCCAACCUAGCAACAAAUCCCGUGUUUUUGGUUCGUCAGUUCACACGAGCAAAGUUGCUUUCGUGAUCUUCGACUCCAAUUUUGAAUUCUUCUCAUCUUUGCGGCCAAGUCUCCAGAAGCUUGUGUUGUUCGGUUGGCAACGUUGCAAAGCAGAAGCUUUCUUUGCUUAAAUUAUGUGGUGUCGGUUUGGAUCAUUAAAGUUGGGAGCCAAUUUGGUGGGAGUCUGAGUUAAAGGAGUUCUAUUAUUAUUAUUAUUGAAUUCCUGCCUUGCGUUCUUGCUGGAGAUUGGAAAAGGAGUUUGAACAUCAAAGUCAUGGCGUUGAAGAACAGAAAAGCUUUCGUCAACAAAGUUUGUCAAGCAAGCUAAGGUAGUCACGAUCUAAGGAGAGAUCGUCCCCUCAGCGUUCAAAAUCGGGUAAUUUUCAGUUUCACCAUUUUAACUUUCAAGCUGGGCAUUCCCGUCGUUCAUGCUCCAGCUUGAGGGGGAGAAUAGGAAGUCAAGUCGUUCAGGAGAUGCAGUCAACCAUCUCCACCAUAUCAUACGGAUAGACGUAGUCAAUCGUCUCCGUCAAGUCAUUCAAGAGACGCAGUCAACCGUCUCCGUCAGGUCGUUUAAGAGACGCAGUCAACCGUCUCCGUCAUGUCGUUCAAGAAACGUAAUCAGCCGUCUCUGUAAGACGUUCAAGAAGAUGCAGUCAACCGUCUUCGUCAGGUUGUUCAAGGGAGAGAGUCAGUCGUCUCCAAAUCAACCUCGUUCAAGAUGUUAUUCAUCUCGAGUUUUGUUGUUCAAGCUGGUCAUGCUUGUUCGUCACAUUUCCUUUUUCAAGCUCGACAUUCUUGUCACUCAUGUCUUCGCUUGAGGGGGAGUGUUGAGGAUAUUAAUUAUUUAGUCAAAAAUAAUUAAUUCCUUGUCAUUCAAGUCCCUUGUUUCCUUGUCCUUGUCAAAGAAGGAAACCUGGUUGUCAUUAGGGUUUUAACCCUAAGUCUCUCUAUAUAAGCUUAGCUACGAGAUUGUCGUAAACAAGCCGUCACAAUGUAGUCUCUAAUAAAAUAUCAGUCGUGAGCUCGUUCCGAGCUCACCGUGGAUUAGUCUCGAUCAAUCGAUCGAGGAUACCACGUAAAAUAUUGUGUUCUGUGUUCUUUUGUAUUUCCACAUCAUCAAAUUCUACAAGGUAUGAUUUCACAAAUAUUGGUAUCAGGACGGAUAGUGACUAUCUAUUUGAUUCGGGUUUUAUCCAUGUCCAUGUAAGAUUCAUAUAGUAAAUUAAAGGGUUAAUAUUUUAUUUUGGCCCGAACUAUACCCAAACUUUCUACUUUGACACGUGGUUUCUGAAAUUGCUCUCAAGGCCCGAACUAUGUACCAUACUUCCUUACUUGGCCAAACGCGGGUUUUGACCGUCAAAUUGGACGGUCAACUCCAUUGAUUAUUAGUCAAGCGCUAGGUUACUUGUCACGUUAGCGAACUCGAAAUAAAAAAUUUUAAUUUUGAAUUUCUGUAAUUAUUAUCACAGAAACGAAUUAGAUACUUUUGUUAUCUAAGAAAACAAAACGAAUUAAAUAAUUCAAAAACCGAAUUUUUUAUUGUGGGUUCGUUGACAUGGCAAGUGACUUGGCGCUUGACUAAUGGUCAAUGGAGUUUAACAUCCAAUUUGACGGUCAAAACUCACACCGGGCCAAGCAAGGAACUAUGGUGCACAGUUCGGGCUAAGAUAGCUAUGUCGGAAAUCACGGCCCAGAGUAGAAAGUUGGAUUAUAGUUCAUACCAAAAUAAGAUAUUACUAUUAACCCUAAAUUAAACAAUGCAUAUACUUUAUAGGAUAUCAACGAAUAAUAGUUUUCCUUCAUGUUAUAAACUGUUAAUUCCUCAUUUCCCCAAACGCUCUCCCCUCUCUCUACUCUUCACCGUACUCCACUGCCUCCAAAGGGUGCCGUCGGCACCUCAGGUUGGCCGGCGGCAACCCAUCCUUUUAUUCUAACUUCCUAUUGCCCUUAUGCCAGCAGUUGAUAGGCGUUUUCCAGCCCUCUCGGGCCUUUUCCAUUUCCCUAAGUGGAUUUCUCCACAAACCUCUCUUGCAGAUGGUUUCUUUUGGCAGAUAUGGUCUGUUUUCUACAGAUUAUGGUUUAUGUGUGGUUCCAGAAUGAGCUAAGGAGAUCUCUUUGGUUUGCUCUUAUUCAUCGAGAAUUGUGUGGUCCUCCUCCUUGCUUUGCCCAAGAUGUGCGGUGAUUCGGUGGAGCCCGGUCUUCUUCUGUGAGACUCGAUUUCCUUUCUUGUGGUUUGAGAGCAGGGUUGCCGAUUCGGCUUUGGAUGCGUUCCUCCUCUUCGGUGUUUGCUGCUAGGGAUGUUCUUCCUCAUGGCUGGGCUUUUUCUUCAGCGGGUGGUUCUGAUCUCUUGUGGGAGUGUUCACCUCUUUUGGUGUUUGCUUUGGUCGGUUUCCCCUUCUCCCUUCAGAUGGCUCGAUUGCGUUUCUUCUGGAGCUAUUUUGCAGGUGGGACGUCUUUUUCACCGAUGUCUGCGGCGGCGGAUUUGGGUUUUUUCGGUUGGAUGAAGCUUUGCUGUAGAAUAUAGGGUUUUGCUUCCAAGUUGGGCUGGGUGUUUUAGUUGUUGGGCUUGUACUUGUGGGCUUUAUCCUUUUGCUUGCUUUGUUGUACCUUCAUUGGGCUUUGCCCUUGAUCUAUAACCUUCAUUGGUUUAUUUUAUCAAUGAACUAAUGUUUCUGUAAAAAAAAAACGGUUGUGUUAAUAAUGACAAAUAUGUUAA